GUGAAGGGAGAAUUGAAUACCUGCGAAGUUUUUGACUUAACGAACCGUUGCAAAGGCUGGACCGUGCUUCCACAGAAAUUGUCCAUUCCACGCCGUGAUCUUGCAUCAUCCCAUCUCGAUGGCCGCCUCUUCGCUGUUGGCGGGUUCCAUCGUUUCACACCUGUGGCUACAGUGGAGGUCCUCGAUACGAAUAGAAUGGAUGCUGACUGGUGUUCUCUACCUCAAAUGCAUCACACGUGA